UCAGAGGCUCAGCUCUUCGCUACUCACACACUACUCACCCGAGCCUAAAGCAGUGCGCACCGAACAACUCAUCCUCGCCGAGUUGGAGGGCCACACUUGGAGCAGAGAAACCAGGACAUCCAGCCGAGAAACAAAGACAAGAUGUCGUCCUACAUGUCAUCUGAAUGCCACCGUGUCAGCCCAACUGUCCACGGCAACAAGUUUGACACGGCGCACCGUAAAAAGGCCGUGGCCAACAUUUUCGAAAAGGUCAACCAGGACUCGCUGAUGAGACUUUUCCAGAAAACGGGCGACAUGAAGGCGGAGGAGAGAGUGAGGAGCAUCUUCUCCUACACCCAGGACCCGGAGGAGACGGCCCGUGCCCUGAUGGCUCUGAAGCAGCGAAAGAAGGACAAGUUCCUCCAGAUCGCGGGCAUGGUCCGUCAGCUGCUAACAAUGAGUUGACUGUGUUUUACCAGUCCUAUACCGCCUGUGUCUAUGUCGGCUCAUGUGUGAGCCGAAUGUGAAAACACUCCCAAUAUGACUGGGUUACCGCCGCGGGAUGCGGCUCACCUUUCGCCUGAAAAGGAGCGUCAGGUGCGGAGGAGAAUGUGCCGCCGGCCGCCUGGAGGGCAACAUGCUGCAGCUGUCGCCUCGUGGAUGGAGGUGACAGCGGAGAGUCCUGCCUGAAACGGAUGAGGCAUGAUGAACUGACUGGGAAUAUGAAGGGCGUACACGACUUUCCUGAGACUUGAAUUUAUAAAUGCAUUCCUGUGGAUGCCUGACUGUGAAGCAGCCCAUUGUACAGGUGCACAUUACGUCGGUGCAUGGCUACAAUAUGUGACUUUAUAGUGCCGAAAAAACUGCCUACAGGAAAGCCUAUCCUGAACACAUGCCUUGUCUCUCAGCUUCACUUUGUAAUGUAACUACUCAUUAGUGGCCACUAAUGUGUUACUGUCACAAAAUGUUAUAGCACAAUAAUUUGCAUUCAUGAUAUGUUCCUUUGUUUGUAAUUUUUUAAAUAAAUUAUUUCAUUCUAUACAAAAGUU